AUUCAUGCAUCACAUUAAUAUUAUUUUUAAUUAUAAAUUCAAAAAAGAAAUGGAUGAAAUGCAAUAAAGAUUCAAUUUUUCCUCUUCCCCUCUCCCCUCUCUUCGCUUCGAAGCUGCCCAAGACUUUGCAGGAAAAGUUCCCUCACAGUUGUUGGAGAUGUCUACGCCGGCUAGGAAGAGACUGAUGAGGGACUUCAAGAGGUUGCAGCAGGAUCCGCCGGCCGGAAUUAGCGGGGCGCCACAAGAUAAUAAUAUUAUGCUCUGGAAUGCAGUGAUAUUCGGUCCUGAUGAUACGCCGUGGGACGGAGGUACGUUCAAACUGACCCUUCAAUUCACAGAAGAUUAUCCGAACAAACCUCCAACUGUUCGAUUUGUUUCUCGAAUGUUCCAUCCAAAUAUUUAUGCGGAUGGAAGCAUAUGCUUGGACAUCCUUCAGAAUCAAUGGAGUCCUAUAUAUGAUGUUGCAGCGAUACUUACAUCGAUCCAGUCGCUGUUGUGCGACCCCAACCCCAAUUCUCCGGCAAAUUCAGAAGCCGCUCGUAUGUUCAGUGAGAACAAGCGAGAGUACAACCGCAGAGUCAGGGAGAUUGUCGAGCAAAGCUGGACAGCGGACUAAACACCGGACAGGACAGAGCAGUUGGCCGUAUUGUGUGCAGGCAUUCAGAAGGCUGCCUUGUCAUGGAACUUUAAUACGGUUUCUUCGAUUGUGCGUGGAAUGCUUCUUGUUUCGGUGUUAAUUUGAUUAUUAAGCUGUUUGGCGGAUUUGUCACUACUUAUCUAUAUAUAUACAUAUAAAUUAUGUAAUACUUUGCACUGUAUGAUGUUUAUAUUUAUGAACCGUUGUGAGGUUGUUGUUGUUGUCCGAACUGGUUUCGUUUUGGUUUGGGAUUUGUAAGGUGCAAUUGGAACAGUUUUUGACUUGUUGGGAAGCCUCUUUUGCUUUGCU